UGAAAGUAGCGCUUGAAACGCGCCCGCCGCCGCCCCGGGUCCUAAAGCCCGCCGGGAGACGACGAGGGGAGCGCCUUCCCCUGCAGCCGCCUGGCCGUCCGGGCGGCGCUUUCCGGGCGAUGCUUUGCAAGCUGAGCGCUCGCUUCGACCCUUCCCGGGACGUGGGACCUUGGCUUUCGGAGCGGCCGGGCCGAGAGGGCAGCGCAGAUGCUGGGGGAAAUCAUUCGGAAACACUGCAUAUAAUAAAUGUGGAAAGAAAUGGAAAUGUUCUUUAUACUUGGAAGGGCCCUCAGGAAUAUACCAAUGUUGGAUUGUAUGAUAAUGAUAAUAAAAAUAACCAGGUACGCUGUAUUUGUCUUCUGUAAGGAUUAAAUGAAGUUGGAUAAUGAAACGUUGGCUUUAAACAGGCAGGAUUGUUUCCAAGAAAAUUGAAUCUUUUGCAAUGAAAUCAACAAGCAAGAGGUUAUAUAAGUAUAUACAGCAAAACUAUUUAAAAAAAUAGCAAUACUAUCUCUUAGAACCAACAGUUCAGUAUAAUAACACUCAGCCAAUAAUAUAAAAUUUAGCACAGUACC